AUGCACCAAAGUACUAAGCAAGUAGAGGGCAGCUCUGCAGAAAAGGCCGUGUUUGAUCCCAGUGGGCACAGAGCUGACCUCGAGCCAGCGCUGGGGGGAAGAGCAGCAUCAGACACUGUAGUAGAGCCCUACAACGCCACACUGUCGGUGCACCUGCUCGGGGAGAACACGGAUGAAACCUACUGUAUUGAUAACGAAGCUCUCUAUGACAUAUGCUUCAGAACACUGAAGUUAACUACACCAACAUACAGGGAUCUGAACCAUUUAGUGUCAGCCACCAUGAGCGGCGUCACCACCUGCCUCCUGCUUAAUGCCGACCUGUGGAAGCUAGCAGUGAAUAUGGUUCCCUUCCACCUGCACUUUUUCAUGCCUGGCUUUGCCCCUCUCACAAGCCAUGGCAGCCAGCAGUACCGUGCUCUGACUGUCCCAGAGCUCACACAGCAAACUCUUGAUGCCAAAAACAUGAUGGCUGCACGUGACCCACGGCACGGCCGCUACCUGACUGUAGCUGCUGUUUUCAGAGGCCGUAUGUCCAUGAAAGAGGUAGAUGAGCACAUCCAGAACAAAAAUAGCAGUUACUUUGUUGAGUGGAUUUCUAAUAACGUUAAAACAGCGUUCUGUGACAUUCCACCUCGUGGCCUGAAAAUGUCUGCCACGUUCAUUGGUAACAGCACAGCCAUCCAGGAGAUGUUCAAAUGCAUUUCAGAGCAGUUCACAGCCACGUUCCACUGAAAGGUUUUCCUGCACUGGUACACGGGGGAGGGCAUGGACGAGAUGGAAUUCACAGAGGCUGAGAGCAACAUGAACGACCUGGUGUCUGAGUACCAGCAGCACCAGGACGCUACUGCUGAGGAGGAGGGGGAGUUUGAGGAAGAGGCUGAGGAGGAGGCAGAGUAA